UUUCACGUGUCAACAACAUCCGCCCUCAUCUGCAAAUAGACGUCAUUUGUAUUCGUUUGCAACUCAAGUGUCGCUUCACACCACCACGCUGACUUUGAUGACGGGACGCUGUUAAAGUGGUUAUUCUAUGACAAUGAAGCAGCAACGCGUCCCGCGACCCUGAACUGGGCCACACGGUGCUCAACUGACGACGCACUGUAUGUAUGAAGCAGUGAAGAGUAAAGUCAUUGUCACUCUUAUCCACCAGGGGGCGACAGGCGGACGCCGUUCGGAUCAGGGAGCGAAAGGAAAAAAUAUUCAAAAAAUGUACUCGUAACUCAUAUAAGAGUGGGUGUUUUGUUAUUUUUGUUAUAUGGAUGCUGAUUUUAGUGAUAUUUAAGAACAGAUGAGGGUUCGUUUUUGAAAAACUGCCAUGUAAAUGUGAAAUAAAAUGUAAUUAUUUUCGAAUAAAGUCGCAACAUUUCAAAAUUUGACCUUUAAUAGAAGAAUUAAGCACUCAUCGAGAAUCAUUCGGUGUAGGGAGAUGAGCAAAAAGAGAGCGAAAAAAGAAAUAUUUUAACUCAUCCGUCAUACUUUAACAAGAAGAGUUGACUCACUUAAAUAUACAAUGAAAGUUUAUUAAUCAUCACAGCGUUGGGAAAUUCUUUGUUCAGUCCACAUAACAUAUAACAUAACAUACCUAUGGCUGUAUGAAACAUGUGGUUUUUAAAAAAAAAGUGCCUAAAUGCAGUUCUUUCUUGAAAUAAAAAACAAGUAAACAUUCAAAAAGCACAAAAUGGGUAAAUUAUUUUGUCUUGGCAAAAUUGAACAAAAGAACGUAAAUCCAUGUAUUGGUAACGCAUGGAGACCAAUUGUAGAAUUACAGCAACUCUACUGACACGUAACCAUCUGAUGUGUAUUCACCAAUAAAGUCGACCAGAUGUGAGCACCAGAUUACCACACUGAGAAUAUUGACACCAGGAGAGAUCUGGUUUCAGAAGACUUCCCAUUGGUUGAGCUCUUGUUGCUGCGUGCUGAUUGGCUGCAGAGAAGAAGCUCUGCAUCUACAAAGUCCAGACUGGAAGCCCUCAUGAGGUUCAGAGGAGUCACGACUCCCACUGAGCAUCAUCUCCCUGCCAGAGUCUUUGCUGGAUUUACUGGUUCAUUUCAUCUCUGAUGUUCAGGAAUCUGAAGGGAUUUUAACGUCUUUGCUGCCAUGCUUUGCCUGGGAGAUUCGGACUGCUUACAGGACCGGAUGCAGUCUGUGAUGAGAUCCUGGCAGGACCUGAAGCAGAUGGGAAGACCCCGACCGCUCAGCGAGCCCUGCGCCCGAUCCUUCGCCGUCACUCGAGUCUGCAAACAGAACGAGCGACUGACCCGUCAACGGGUGUCGGAGGCCAGCACCUACGACUCCGCCUGCUGCCUGGCCAGUCCCCUGGAGGAGGACGAGGAGGAAGAUGACCGCUUGGCUCAAGGGUCGCCCAGCAGCGAGAAGAGUCUGGACUUUGACUCCGGCUACUCCGAGGCCUCGUGGCAUGAUGAAGGCGUGGUAUUGAGGCGGACCAGAAACGUGAGGGUCUCCUCAUCAGCCUGUCUUCGCACCAACAGGGGACCUUCAGGGCGAGUACGCCCAAAGUCCACUUCGGACGCUUGUUUGGAGCGCUGGACCUCAUUUGAGGCCGGUGACCACCAGGACUGGACGACGCUGCUUCUCAGCAGAAGCAGGAACAGACAGCCUUUAGUGCUGGGGGACAACAGUUUUGCUGACCUCAUAAAGAACUGGAUGGACCUUCCGGAAUCCCCCGAACCAACUGAACACAAACCCACCGCAGGGCGUCGCCUUGCCAAAGACAUUUUGGGAAACAUGCGGCGAAGACUAGCUGGGAAGUCGAGAAGUGUGGAGCUGAGGCAAAGACAGGAGGACUCGACUGCGAGGGUCAGCAGGGCAGCUGAGGCUCCCAAACGGAUGUCCUGCCCGGUGGGACUCCAGUCUCUCAAACCUUUCUUCCACCAGUCCCACACGGGUUUACAUGAGCUGGACACAGACUUCUUCCACUUCACUGCUCUCAUGAAGACCGGCAGCCGACAGCCCAUAAUAUGCAACGACAUUGGCUACAUUUGAAAGUUUGAAGGUUUACCAAUGUUCGAACAAUGUUCUGACCCGGAACUAACUUGUUCAGCUGAGGCCAAUUGCUCAUGAGCAACUGCACUGCCAUUACAAAAGUAGAUUUGAAAAGCAAAGGAAAAUCCCAGGUCUCACGGGUUUGGAUUCAUGUUUCAUGAUUUCAUGAUGUGGUGAGCUCAGUCAUGUGGCACUCUGAGGGUAGCCAUGUUCAGGAACAGGUCAGCCAUGAUCAUAUCCUUGGCAGGAUUACCAUCUGGCUGAGGAACAUCCGCGACCCCAGGCUUUCAAGAUGUUUGAAUGUGGUCUUCAUCAUCGCUGUUCCAAACAUGUGACUCAUUUGUGAA